AAUGAGAUUCCGGACCGGUGUUAUGCAAGCGGACUUCUGAGAUCUCGGCGUGUUCACGUGCUCACUAUCUUUUCCUUUUCAUCCCUCCAUUAUGUCCGUCUCUCUCAUUUAAGCCCAUACUUACCUUCAUCGCCACUGCUCCCUGUUACCCUUCAUUCAAUCAUGAGCUUCACUGUCGAGGAUCUUGUUUCCUCCUUUUCCUCUAGCCAUAUCGGCCAGGAAGCAUUGGAUCUCGCCGCGCUUCAGGCUCAGCUAGCACAGGCUUUGUUCGUACAGGAUAUGCCACGGGAAAACCAUUACCACCAUCCGUGUAGUACACCUACAUCGCGGACGCCAUCGUCGAGCUUCUGCUGGGGCCAGACUAUGGGGCAGUCGUCGUCGAGGCGCCAGACUGACGAGGUCAUGCGCGACUCGGACGAGCUGGAGGAUGAGAGAAUGGUGGAGGACCUGUUACUCCCCUCGUCGCCCAUCUCAGCGUCGCACUAUGCUGUACCUUCCCAGCCCCGGCCCCAGCACAAAAGUCAAAACUCGUCAGAGUCUACUUUCACGACAACAGACCCCUUCUACAUGGCCCAGCUGCAAGCCAUGCAGUAUAAUAGCCCACCCCCCUCCGUAUUCUCCCAGCUUGGCCGUCCUGCCCAGCAGUCCCCGUUUAUGCAGCCGCAGCAGUCUCAUCCGUCACCCUCCCACAGGGAUGGCUUCCUUUGUUCACCAUCAGCAUCGCCUAUUUCCAUAGACGCCUCAUCAUAUCUUGUCACUGCCUCACCAUUCGAGUGCUGACCAGUUCCAGCACGGCCUUUAUCUCGUUAUUGUACCUAAGGCCAACAGGA